CCCGGGAUAGCUGCCUCUACCUCCACCAAGAGGAGGAGGACUUUCUAUGGUCUCCAGAAACGGUGUGAUUCGGUCAGGGGCCGGUUUGCCGGUGCCACUGCCCCGGUUGCCGGGUUGACAGUAUGCCGCUGAUCUCCGCGGUGCUUCUGGCCCUGCUGUUACUAUCCCUGUGUGCUUUACUUCUGGGAAGAUGGCUCCUCUAUCGCCUGGCCACUAACUGGUGUCAAAAAAAGCUGGGUGCUGAAUUAAAAAUUGGAUCCCUUGGCUUUCUCUGGCUGCAGAAUAUCAGUCUGAAGUUUGGGAGACAGCAGCAACAAAUUCUAGAAAUUGAUAGUGUCUGGGUAUCUAGCAAAUUGCUGAAUCAUGAGUUACCUCACUAUUUUGCUCUGUGUUUUGGGGAGGUGCGCAUUCGUACUGACCUCCAGGGAAUAUCGGCUACACCUCAGCGUUCACCCAGUGCCACAGAUCAGGUUUCCAGAGAGCAAAGUAAUAACACAGGUCUUAGCUCUUCAUUGCUACGAAUCUUGUCUCAGCUACUUUCUGUACACCUGGAUUCCGUCAAUAUUAUGGUUCUGAACGUGGCUGAGUCAGAAUCUCUGUGGCACAUGACCGUUUCCAAGACAAGUUUCCUUUUAGAAAGUGAUGGGAAGAGAUUGGACUGUACCUUGAGCCUCAACCAGCUGAGCAGCAAAGUGCUGAAGAGCAGUCAGCAGGUUGAAGCAUGCCUGGCAGAACUUUCUCUAGGUGUGAAUAUGGAGUGCAGUAUCAGUGAGAGGAACCUGAGAGCCAUCAGUUUGAAGGUGCACAAUCUUCACGCAGAACUACAUGAAAGUCUCUUCCAUAGUGAUUUGCUCCACAAGGGACAAGCUUCAUCGGUACAAAGUGAUGAAGAGAAGAUUGGCAGCUCAGAGGAACAAAUAGAUACAGAACAUAUUUCAUCUCCAAAGUGGCUUUCCCUGAUAGAACGUUUACCUUGCAAGGUGGAUGUGGGCUUUGACAACAUCACUGUGGUUUUGUCCAUGAACAGUCAGCAGAGACAUCUAAACUGGACCUUGAAACGUCUUCAUUACUCUUAUGCACGUGAGGAAGAUCAGCUGCCUCUGCGCAAGUUUAUUGGCACAUCGGAAUUGCCGCAGAUUAGCUCUGAACUUUUGGUGGAAGAUGGUCUGCUGCUGUCUCAAAGCCGACAGAGAAUCAUCUGUUUAAAUCACUUGAGAGCAUCUGUACAGGUCACAUCCAUUGAUAUUACAAACCAUGUGUCUCUUAAUACCUGUAUAAUUCACUACCGUCAUCAAGAGUUUUCCCAUUGGUUCAACUUGCUGGCGCUGGAACGCCAGUUACACCCCCCCCCAAAAGCCUCAACCAAAAAUAAUCGACCUCUUCCUGUGAUUUUGGCUCCUAUCAUUUUCAACACAUCAAUCACAAACGUUAAUGUGUCUGUCCAGCUUGAGGAGGCACAACCUUUUGCUGUAGGUUUUUCAUCUGUUUCACUAGAGUUCAAACAUUUGCUUACCCAGAAUCUGCAUCAGAGAGCCACGCUAUCUGUCAGUCACCUGUGCUGGCGCGUGGGAAAAGACUCGCACAUCCAGCAGGCUCUUCAUCCGCCAAACACACACAUCUGGGGAGAAGCACUUGUUCUUGACACUUUUAGCCUACAGGGCAGCUAUAACAAGUCACUGGGAGCAGGCAUUGUGCAGGCUGACACUCUCUUUAUAGAAUCCACUGUGCAAGGUUUACAGAUAGAGUGUUCAGAGACCUGUGCAGAAUGCCUCUCACGUGUGCUGAGUCUUCUUGCUUCAGCUCGCCGGUAUUCUUCACCAGCUUCACCCAGCCUUCCGUCUUCAACUGCUGUGUUUGAUAAACCAGAUAGAAUGUCCCUGUUAUGGAAACUGGAUCUCCGUGUGGAGGAAGUGAACUUGUUUACAUUGUCCAGCCUAGUGGGUGCUUCACAGGUUCGGAUAGACUUAUUCACUGUUGGAGGAGGCGCUGAAAGCUGCAAUGUGAAUUUGCAUGGCGUGGCUGUCUCUCUGCUGAAGUCCAUCACUGAAAAGAUGGAACUAUGCUGCAAUGCUCAGAACAUCCCAGAACCCAUAGUGUUCAUCUCCACCCUACUCCUGACGUAUCACACCACAAUCCAGUCUUUAGCGGUGCAAUGUGAAAAGGAGCUGGUUCUUCGUUGGAGUCCUUGGGAUCACAUGUAUCUGUAUCAGCACACAUUAUCCACCCUGCAGUUCAGGGAUCUCCUUCUCACAACCCUACACAAGGAGACUCAGAAUUCAGAGAUAGACACAGGAGAUCACAGAGAGAGCCUUUCACCAAGGACUCAGGAAAGCUCAGGUCAGGAGCAUGGCAUCCAGCGGAAAUGCCUUCAGGUCACAUUGAAGCUGAGCUCUCUCAGUCUACAUGUGUCUAUAUCACAUGACAAUUAUUUCCUUUUUAAAUCUCAGAAUAUUUGUCUCAGUCACCAUGGGGGCUCUCUUCAACUAUGUUCACCUGAACUACUGAUAAAUGCAGAUGGCCACAACAUCUUCCUCUUCAAAGAAAUAGAUGUACAGAGACUACCUGAACUGGAAGAUAUGUUGAUGCUUCGAAGCCAUUUCCCUUCACCGUUAACAGAGAGAAAUCGUGCUUGGGUUCUCUCUCUUGGCAAUGCCACCAUGGAGUUUCCACACCGUUAUGACUUUUCUUGCAUCCUUGACCAAGCAAUUGGAGUGCAGAAGUGGUUAAAGGGCCUUCAUCGUUCUCCAAAAACUGAACCAGAGGCUCUACCACCAGACUUGGUGCUAAGAAUUAAGCAGUUCUCCUUUGCCUUUUUGGAUGACAUAUUUGAGGUGAAGUUGAGAGACAACUAUGAACUAAUGAAGGAUGAGAGCAAAGAGAAUGCAAAAAGGUUAAGAUUACUUGAUGAUAAGGUUGCUGCCCUACGCAAACAACAUGGAGAAUUACUUCCUGCCCGCAAAAUUGAAGAGUUGUAUGCUUCUCUGGAAAAGAAAAACAUAGAGAUUUACAUCCAGCGCUCAAAGCGCCUUUACAGCAACACGCCCAUGAGAAAGUCUUUACUAACUUGGACUAUGUCUGAUAUGGAGAUUGUGGCUUUGGCUGAUGAGUCUCUGCAUGGACCUGAACGGGUGUUGGAGAAUAUGAGGGACAUUGACAGUAUAAGCCCCUUACCAUCUGAAGGGCUUCCACUUGUCAUUCAAUGGUGUCGUAUGAUGAAGUGCUCUCUUAAAACUUUCUAUGUGCGAAUACGGGAUUAUCCUCGCUAUCUGUUUGAAAUUCGAGACUGGAAUCUCUCUGGCAGACUACUUGGGGCCGAGCAAAGUGGACAAGCAAGUGCCCGCAGGAAACAGGUUUUGCGGUUGGGAGCUCCGUGGGGUGAUUACAGUGUGGAGAGAAACAUGCCACCUCUUAAGUUCUUCCAUGAUUUUCAUUCUGAUAUCCAGCUUUACACAAUUGUAUGGGGUCCAUGCUGGGACCCAGCCUGGACCCUAGUGGGGCAGUAUGUUGAUCUCCUUACAAAACCUUCCUUGGAUCCUAGCACUCCAUUGCCAUGGUGGGAUAAAAGCCGACUGCUCCUUCACGGACAUUUCAGCAUGGAUAUUGAACAGGCUAAUCUGCACCAGCUAGCAACUGAGGACCCAUAUAACACUACAGAGAAUAUGCACUGGGAGUGGAACCGACUCAAGUUUGCCUGGAACCCCGGACAGUUUGUUUUUAAAGGAGAUCUGGAUGUAAAUGUCCGCACUGCCUCCAAGUAUGAUGACUGCUGUUUUCUUCACCUCCCCAACCUUUGUAUGAUAUUUGACCUGCAGUGGCUGUGUCACGGGAAUCCCCAUGAUCACCAUAAUGUAGCACUACGUUCCCCAGACUUUGUUACUGAGUUUUCUUCCAUUCAGCCCCAUGAUUCAUAUCGUGCCUUCCGCUCUGAGAACCUUAACCUCUCCAUCAAGAUGGAUAUGACACAGUCUCAUACUGAAGUCUCCCAGCCCCGCAUCCUUUUGUAUAGCAGCACUCUACGGUGGAUGCAGAAUUUCUGGGCAACAUGGAGCAGUGUUACUCGCCCUAUCUGCCGAGGGAAACUGUUCAAUAACCUGAAGCCAGGCAAGAAGAAGCUUGGCCAGCAUUAUAAGCAGAUGUCUUAUACUGCCUUAUUCCCACAGCUCCAGAUCCACUAUUGGGCUUCCUUCGCUCAGCAACGUGGAAUCCAGGUGGAGUGCAGCCAAGGGGAAAUUUUCACUCGUGGAGUACAGAGGCUUAUACCACAAGCUGGCACAGUUAUGCGGCGUCUGAUAUCUGAAUGGAGUGUGCCCCAGAUGACAAGUAAGCUAAGCCAGGUGACCGUGCACCUCAUGGCGUCCACUUGUGAUGAGAAUGCAGAUCACCAGCUGGACAAUUUUGUGCAAAAAACACAUCUGCUCAGUCUUUCAUCACUGAGCUAUGACCGACAAGAACUCUCUGCCACUAGUGAUGAAAUGCUAUACACUCAUCGUUUGCAUCUAGUGGAUCUACGAGCAUCUUGGACCACUCUCAACAGAGACAUUGCAUUUGGCCUGUAUGACGGAUACAAAAAGGCAGCUGUGUUGAAGCGCAAUCUCUCCACUGAGGCAUUAAAGGGACUAAAGAUUGAUACCCAGGUUCAAGCCAAGAAGUUAAAGCGAGGUUCUAUGCGCAGCUUUCCUCCUCCUAAAAAGGUCACCGCACCUGUUGUCACUGGUAGGAUUGAGAGGUCACCCUCAGGAGGAGCAGACAUGCUGCAGAAGCUCAUAGAAGAGACUGAUAAGUUUGUAGUAUUUACUGAGGAGGAGUCGGGAGUAAGUGAGCAGCUCUGCGGCAAGGCUCCCUGCCAGGACAAAGACAUCUACAACCACAACUGGCUAAUUGAACUGGUGAACUGUCAGAUGGUGCUACGAGGAGCCGAGACAGAAGGCUGUGUGAUUGUGUCUGCAGCUAAGGCUCAACUCUUGCAGUGCCAGCAUCACCCCUCUUGGUACGGAGACACCCUAAAGCAGAAGACCUCAUGGACAUGUCAACUUGACAGCAUGCAGUACUUUGCCACUACCGAGAGUAGCCCCAGUGAUGGAGAGGACAGCCAGCGGUGGCUGGAGGUGAAAAACAUUGAGGAGCAUCGGCACAGAAACCUGGACUCAGUGCAGGAGCUGAUGGAGAGUGGACAGGCUGUUGGUGGGAUGGUCAGCACUACUACAGACUUAAGUCAGCCAGCAGAGGUCCAGCAGAACCAGCAGAUGCAGAGGAUUAUCUCACGUUGCAACUGCCAUAUGUAUUACAUCAGCUACAGCCAUGACAUAGACCCAGAGUUAGCUUUGCAGAUCAAGCCACCCUCCACACCUCUGCACCCAGAAAAGGAAGAUUUGCUUAAAGGACAAGAAGCUGCAGCUGACACUUUUACCUUAAAACACCAGCACCUCGAGAUAUCCACCAACCCUGCACAGUAUGCCAUGAUUCUGGACAUAGUCAACAACUUGCUCCUACAUGUGGAACCCAAGCGCAAGGAGCAUAGUGAAAAGAAGCAACGUGUGCGAUUUCAGUUGGAGAUCUCCAGCAACCCAGAAGAGCAACGUAGCAGUAUUCUGCACCUCCAGGAAGCCGUGCGGCAACAUGUACUUCAGAUACGCCAGCUGGAAAAACAGAUGUACUCUAUAAUGAAGUUAAUGCAUGAUGAGAGUAAGAACGAUUUUCACGAACAGCACCAGAAGCUGCAGACACAACUUUGCCAGGAGAAGAUGGAUUUGCAGCAAAAAAGUGAGGAACUGAACAUCUUGAUUAGAUGUUUCAAAGAUUUCCAGUUGCAGAGAGCAAAUAAGAUGGAGCUACGCAAACAGCCAGAGGAUGUUAGCGUUGCACGUCGGACUGAAUUCUACUUUGCGCAGGCAAGGUGGCGCCUGACUGAGCAAGAUGGGCAGCUAGGCAUCGCAGAGCUUGAACUCCAGCGCUUUUUGUAUAGUAAGGUCAAUAAGUCAGAUGAUACUGCAGAACAUCUUCUUGAGUUGGGCUGGUUUACUAUGAACAACUUGCUCCCCAAUGCCAUCUACAAGGUAGCACUGAGGCCACAGAGCCCAGGGCAGUCUAGGAAACAGCUCGCACUGAGAAUAUUCAGCAAAGUCCGGCCACCUGUAGGGGGUAUCUCUAUCAAAGAACACUUUGAGGUAAAUGUGGUGCCUCUUACAAUCCAGCUUACUCAUCAGUUCUUCCACAGGAUGAUGGGUUUCUUUUUCCCUGGGCGCAGUGUGGAGGAGGAAGAAGUCGGUGAUGAGGAGGAUAAAUCCAAACUUGUUACUACAGGGAUGCCAGUGGGGAAGCCAAGGCAGCUCAUCGUAGCUGAAGACACUGCAUCCUUAGGCCCAGGAAAAGGAGUAGGUCAAGGUUUAAAUCGAACAACAGGAGUUAGACGGUCAUUUAGAAAAGCACCAGAGCACCCUGUUGAUGAUCUGGACAAAAUGAAGGAGCGAGCUGCAAUGAACAACUCCUUUAUCUAUAUCAAAAUCCCACAGGUGCCUCUAUGUGUCAGCUAUAAGGGUGAGAAGAACAGUGUGGACUGGGGUGACCUCAACUUGGUGCUUCCUUGCCUAGAAUAUCACAACAAUACAUGGACAUGGCUGGACUUUGCCAUGGCAGUAAAAAGGGACAGCAGAAAGGCAUUAGUGGCUCAGGUGAUCAAAGAGAAGCUACGUUUAAAGCCUGCUGCUGGUGCGGAAGCCAAAGGCAAGAGUGACCCAAAAACUGACAUGAACCAGCAAGAGGAGGAUGAGAAAGCUCGGCUGCUGAUUGGGCUGAGCAUGAGUGAUAAAAAUCCUGGCAAGAAGUCAAUAUUCGGGAGGAGGAAAUAACAUACGUAUGAGAGAGUCUUGCUUCCCAAAUCUAGAGACUAAAGGAGUCAUCCUCUAAAUGUACUGACCCUAUCUGUGAUGUGAAGAUGAAUGAUUGUGAGGAACAGUAUUCUGCUUACUUGAUUGUCCUGAAAUUGGACAUUAAAUUAAAAUCGCAAAACUUUAUUUAUCUUUGGAAGUUGCAGCAGUUACAAAAUUGAAAAUGGUGGUAGGGAACCAAGCCUUAUGUUCAUGUAACAGCUCAUAUCCUUUAGUCAGUUUUUAGAACUAACACAGCUGAAGUCUUCGUCUUAAUCAGGGAUGCUGCAAUGGGAUCAUACAUUCAAUGAAUGGUGUUUUAGGGGAGGACAGUGUUUUUCUUAUAUCUCAAGGCAUUAUCACAAUGGCUCAUGUGUGUGGCAGGAGACCAGAACCUACAUUCUUAACCCUGCCUCCACAUUUGUGUAAAAUCUCAGUGGUUGGCUUAACCCAAGGAAAGAGUAGAAAACUCUUUUCCUGACUGGGACAGAGCAAAAAACUUGCAUGUAUAAUGCUCCACAGUUAGCCCAAAAUCUUUGGAUUUGUAUCUACAUCAUUGGCGAAUUUAUGCAAAUCAAUUUUAUGGCCUACAUUCAUUCAGUGUGUGAGCAUUUUACGUUUCCUUUACAGCAACAAUGCAAUAAACUGGUGGAGAUUGAGCCGGCUUAGUGAAUAGCCACCCAAGGGAGAGUAGAGAUGAAAUGAUGUGAUAUGAAAGAAGGCAGGUGUUUCUAAAAGUUUUCAGAGUCUGUUUUACAUUGUGAUAAACAGAAGGCGGCCUAAGGCGAAGUGGAAUAUGAGCUUUUAACCCAGUCACUGGUUAUGCCUAAGCAUGCUUUAUCUUACUUAACCACUUUACUACCAGUGAGCCAAUGCUAGGGUAUAUUAACACCGAUAUGAAAAUAGCUUUCCAGAAAAAUAUUCUAUUCUGCUAAUUAAAGGGACAGUCUAUUCCAGAUUAAAAUUAUAGAUAAUUCCUUCAUAACCCAUUCCCCAGUUUUGCGUAACCAACACGGUUAUAUUAAUCUGUGAUUACCUUGUAUAUAAUCCUCUACAGACUGCCCCCUUAUUUUAGUUAUUUUGGCAGACAAUUUAAGACAAUCAGUGCUGACUCAUAAAUAACUCCACGGGAGUGAGCACACUGUUAUCUUUACGGCACACAUGAACUAGUGCUGUCUAGCUGUAAAAAAAACUUAAAAUGCACUGAGAUAAUAGGCAGCCUUCAAUGGUUUAGAAAUUAGCAUGCGUGUCUACAUAGGUUUAGCUUUUAACAAUGGAUACCAAGAGAAAAAAAAGCAAACUUGAAAAAAGUAAAUUGCAUGCCAUAUCCGAAUCAUAAAAGUUUAAUUUUGACUAGACUGUCCCUUUAUUUUGCCAGGAAUUGAUCUUAUUAUGUGUCUGUUCCCUUAUUGGAUUUUUUUUUUUAUCAAUGACACAUCCCCUUUAUUUUUUUCUAACACUGAGUUGAGGGGUUGUGUUUUAUUAGGUUGAACCUUGAUCAGCCUUGUAGGGUGGAAUUUGACUUGAUUUUGUCACAGUGCAUCUAUUAAGUUUUGGUUUAAGAGCAUUUUAAAAAGUGGUGUUUAACUUUUUUAUAUAAAUAUAUAAAUACAUAUUUAUAUGCAUAUAGGUGGGACUGGGUGCAGUUGAUGCUGCUACAUAGAUGUAUAAAAUCCUGCUCUCAUCUGCAAACAUUUGCACUUUUUGGUACGGAUCGCUCUCCACCAACAAUGAUUAAAAAAAUCAUAUUGUUACUUUUAAAAA